CAGCCGGCCCCCCCCUCCUCCGCUUCGCCCGCAGCAGCAGCAGCAGCAGCAGCAGCAGCGGGAGAGCUGCCGGAGUCGGUGGACUGGCGGGAGAAGGGCUGCGUGACAGCAGCAAAGGACCAGGGGCCCUGCGGGUCCUGCUGGGCGUUCUCGAGCACGGGGGCCCUCGAGGGGGCCCUCUGCGCUGCAGGGGGGCCCCCCGUGGUACCCCUGAGCGAGCAAAUGCUGCUGGACUGCUCGGGGCCCUUCGGCACUUCGGGCUGCAGCGGGGGCCUCAUGGACGCGGCCUUCCAGUUUGCUGCUGCAGCAGGACUUUGUGCUGCAGCAGAGUACUUCCCGUACGAGGCGCGCGCGCGCCCCUGCCGCUCGGGUUUCCGCGACCUCCCCCCGAGGGACCCGGGGGCCCUCCGGGGGGCCCUCGCGGGGGCCCCCGUGUCCGUCGCAGUGCAGGGGGACCAGCUGGGGUUUCAGUUUUACAAAAGCGGCAUUUUCGACGGAAGUUGCGGAGAAGAACUCAACCACGGAGUGCUGCUUGUGGGGUUUGGAAAGAAGACGCAAAACCACAAAGACCGGAAGUUCUUCAUCCUCAAGAACAGCUGGGGAGAGGGCUGGGGGCAACGCGGCUUCAUGCUGCUCGACGGCGACAAGGGCGGCGCC